AUGGGGCACACCCUAAAUAGAGAUGAAGAAAUACCAUGUGCUUUAGGAUCUGCCAAGUCGAAAAGAGGCGUCCCCGAAAAACCUGAACAAUUAAUUAUAGAAUUUUUAACGUUUGCAGCAAAUACAGAAGUAUCAGAAGAGAUGACUGGGCCAUAA